AAUUGUUUUUUUGUGGAUGCUAAGAAAUUAGAAUGUUUUGGAGAAUUAAUAAAAAAGAAACGUUUGUGUUAAAUUGAAAAUGGAUACGAGUUUAUUACCGUAGUAUUGGUCACAGUUACACAUGAUAUUGUUUUAUAGUAUUCAUUUCGUAAAAACUUAUCAAGCACAAAUAUUAGACCAUGGAUGAAGACCGCCAAGAAUCGUACAGGAGUCCAGUAUUUACAAAGGAAGAGGUUAAUGCUUUGUUGAAUAUUAUUGAUAAUUAUAAAAAUAUUAUUUUAAAUAAAUCAACUUCGACCGCCGCUAGUCACGCCAAGGACAGAGCAUGGAACUCAAUAGCCAAAGUUUUCAAUACACAAGGCUUCAAGAAUACUAGGAGUGUUGAUAGCAUUAAAAGAAAAUGGGAUAACUUAAAAAAAGAUGCAAGAAAAGCAGCUAAAAAUAUAAUGAUGGUAAAACAUGAAAACGAUUCGUUUAGUCGAAUUAUUACGAUGAUGUUAGAACAUGAAAAAAAUGAGGAUUCCAAACUAAGUCUUGAGAAUGGAUCAAAUGAUGUAAAUACAAAAGACAAUGAAAAUGAGAUAACUAUGGAUUUUGAUGAAUGUGACAAUGAAGAAUCUGAUUGUUCAGAUGGAGAUAUGCAGACAAAUAGGUCAAAGAGAUCAUUGAAUUUCUUACCACAAGAGUGCAGUCUGCUUUUGAAAUGUGUUAGAGAAGAGAAAAAUAAUAUAUUCACUAAGGAAACUAACUCUAAAGCAAAUCUUCUUAAAAAUAGUGCAUGGACAAGGAUUGCCGAGAACUAUAAUAAACAGAGCCUGCAGAAAAGAUCGAGUAAAGUUUUACGUACGAGGUUUGAGAAUAUGAAAAAAUCUGCCAAAUCAGUUCAUAUGAAACAAAAUCUAUUGAACAAUCAGCCUGACAAUGUGAAAAUGAAGACUGAACUGUUUGAUGAUUCGGAUACAAAUGAAGGGAAUCCAAAUGAAAGUAUAGAAAUUGAGAUCUUCAGUUCUAAUAAAAAUAGUUACUUGAAUAAUGAUCCUCUUGAGUCAGUGAUCAAUGAUGACUGUGCAAAUGAAACGAAUCAUCCAUUUAAUCCCUGGUGCACACAAGAUAGUAAAAAUGUUGAGAACUUAAAAUUACAGUUACUUAAUUAUCAGUUGGAAACUGCAAAGAUGGAAAGAAAAAGGGUAGAGAAUGCAAUGCAGGCUGAACAAGCUGCAUUUGAGUCUAGGACAUUGGAACAUUGUCUGAGAGUGCGGGCUGCGAGGCUGGAGGUGUGUGCGGCCCAGCACAAGUUGCCAGCCAACCAUCCCGCACUGUUCUACACUGAAGAAGAGAGACCAGCACAACAUUACUUAGAACGAUAUACCUGAAGUAUUUAACACAUUACAUGCUGAUGUUUAAACAAAAUGGAGGUUCUCAAUUCGAUCGUUUUUAUCAUCCGAUUUAUGAUUUUUUUGUAUGAUGUGGGAUAGCCAUUCCCGCACUUAAAGUAAAUCCUGUUUAUUUGUUGUUGUUUUUCUUAAAAAUGUACAAGUUGAUUUUUUUUUGAACUAACUAACAUUGAGACACACUGAAAACUAACAUUGAGUUUUGUUUAAAAAAAAUCACAUUAAAAUUAUAUCCAUAUGUUUGACAUUUUGAAUCCAACAAUUCCAAAAAUUUACUUCCAAAUAGGGUGUCGUGGUACAUACUUUAUUUUUCUUAAUUUAUGAUUUUCCUGAGAUGUUUUUGUAAAUAUUACUGUAUAUUUAAGGUCAAUGUGUAAUAUU